CGGCAUUGAAAGAUAAUUGACUUUAAUUUGCCGAAAUGCUAAAAUACGCUUUAACAACAAUGUUGAUUGUGCAGUCCACACAAGAGCAAAGUUUACAUGAGUCAAAUUCGUCGAAAAAUUUAUGUAAAAAAGAAAAUGGGAGCAUUCAAUGCUGCACGGGAUACUACAGUGAAAAUGGUAUAUGUAAAGAAUGUUUUGGAGCCAUUGGACCUAAUUGUUCAAUCCCAUGCGAAAGUAAUUUCUUUGGAUAUCUAUGUAAAAAUCAAUGUGACUGUCAGAAGGAUGAAACCUGCAUUAGAUACUUCGGUUGCAAACUCGUUGACUGUCAUAAAACAAUGCUUUUGUUGGUGAUUGGAUCCGGAUCCGCCAUGCUAUCACUCGCCCUGUUGUUUGUCGGUGUUAUGUUCUAUAGGUGGCAUACUAUUCUGCGAAGCAAUUUACAUCCCACCAAAAGUCCAAGAGGUUUUAAAGUGGAUUUAUUACCUUUUUCUGGAAAACUUGAAGUUUUUCAGGAAAACUACGAUGAUAUUCGAGAAUCUCGAAUGCUCAUCGCUGAUAAAGGAAUUCGCAAGAAGGAAACUAUAGAAAAUAGAUUAAGUUCAUCGGAUUAUAGUCAUCUGUUCCUAAAAGAGCGCAUAUCUCGGAAAUCAAUUAGCGGGAUGCCUGAACAAUAUUAUAGUGCGAUUGAUGCACGCUUUAGAAGUAAAAUGCCGCUCGUCACGAUGUCCGAAUUUCCUGAAGACGAUUGCUAUGUCAGUGUAUCUCAGCUUGCUAGGCAGAAUAAGAGAAUAUCAAAGUCAUGCUCUGAUCUAAGGAUAGAUAUGUCGGAUACACUGCAUGAUAUAUACUCAAACCAAUGCCGCAAGGCCAAGGAGGAUACAAACAAUCGAACUAUUCUGAUAGAACAUUUAUAGUCAUUUGAAUUAUCUUAAGCAACCCCCACUAAAAGGAAGUCUUUUUUAUGUUCUUCUUUUUACCACUAUGAAGCAAAUAUCAAAAUAUGCCUAUAACUAAGCUCGCUCUCACCUCGACUAAAGAAUAACCACUAAAAGCUGUACAUGUUAAAGCUUACAUGAAUUCAUAAAAGCAUUUGGUCGCCAUAUUAGUUUCGAUCGCUCCUCUACUGGCACUGAGUUUUUAUACCGGUCGAGAAAGUCACGGUCGGUUGCUUCCUGAUCGAGGCAUUCAGGUGGGACGGACUUUUAAAUGCAUGAACUACACAUAGUAGUAAAAUGUAUGUGAUCAAGAAUAAAGGAAACAGCAAUCAAUAAAAUACAAAAUAUAUUUAUUUUUUGAAAGAAUUUCCAAGGUAUCUGUAUUAUUUUGCACAGAUAUUGCCGCCUUACUUCAAAUGUACAUCGAACACGUGUGUCGUUGAUACAGAGUGCAUAACGUCUGCAUAUUUUUGAAAACCCCAGCGGUACUACAUCCAACACAGUAGCCAAAUGAUAGUAAAUACAUGAAAGUAACAACGUAACAUGUUCCCAACGGUUUCUACAAAAACGAUUCGUUUCUAAAAAUCCAUGAGAUUAUUAACAUUUCUCGAUCUGCCAGAGUGUGUGGUUGCGCAUGUGCAAUGUUUUAAAAUACACAGGCAAAUGGUCUUGAAGUAUCUUUGCCUGGAUUUCAGCUGCAUUCAGUCUUGUUUCUUUGUUCAUUGCAUGGAUAUUCCUUGCCUGUGCAGUGGUUGUCAUAUUAUUUUUGUUUAAUACGCAUUUCUACACGUCUUUGCGUCCAAGGUAACGUGUUCAGGUGUGUGAAAUACCUGAAUGCGGUGAUGCAAGAAUAGUGCUCUCGGUCUUAUAUAUGAGGGUGUGUAGCGAUGAGCAGAACAAUAGAGAGCAGAACAAUAGAAAUCGACAACUAAUAUGGCGGUAGUCGAAGAUAAAAGGGAAAUAAUGCGUAUUUAUGAAUUCAGGUCAGCUUUUUUUUUUAGAUUUACCGCCAUGGAAAAUAAACACUAUUUGGUCUACACUAUGUAUCUGUGAAUGUCUAAGUUUUGUAGAUAGAUUUGAUAGUAAAAUAU